AUGCUCCAUGAGAUCCUACUCUCCCUCUCCGGCCAGCCAUCCCCCCUCUUCAGUACCCGAAAAGGGGAAAAUGCUGUCACUCAAGAUGAUUUUCCCCUUCUGUCACCUCCGGAGAAAGCCCUCCUCGCCUCCGUUGCCCAUCUGAGCCGACUCCAUGCGCAGCUGCGGAAACAUGCCUCCGAUAUAUCCUCUACGAGCCCAUCUGUCAUCUGCUGCUCGGUCUCUACAUCUAUUGUUGGAACACAUUUAGGUAAAUUCCAGCAGAAGAUCCUGGAGGUUGAGAGGGCGAUCCUUGCUGAGGACAGUGGAUAUGUCGGAGGGUAUGGUAUUGUCCCAUUGUCGACUAUUGUGGGAGAGUUUGCACCGUGGACGCGACGCAUGGAGUGGCUUUGGGCUGUUAUCCGGUUCAUUCAACCCGAAAGGAAUAGUACUGAGCGUCUGCAUGGUUCCACGGGGGCAGCGCUCAUGGAUCAUUUGCGGACCGAAGCUCAAACAGGAUAUCUUGAUAUCAAAGAGAUGGCCGUUGAAUUGGCGACAUCGGCUGAGAGAGCGUGGAUGAAACAGCUUUCGAUGUGGUUACUGUAUGGGAAACUACCUAUCUACGGAAAGGAAGACUUUUUCAUCCAGGAGGAUACCGAGAAAGAGAAUGACGAGGCACAAUUCAGUAUCAACGCCCGACUGCUUCCAAGCUUUGUUACGGCACAAACGGCAGGCUCAAUACUAUUCAUUGGAAAAUCCCUUAAUCAUAUUCGGGCGAAACGCAAAACCUCAAUAGCGGGAAACUCCACUACGCCGGUGACGUUAUAUCGGGAGCACAUCGAGCAACUUGCGAGCCUGAAACCACCAAUUUUGCCUUCAAAAUUGACUACCGCCGUUGACUGCAUCCGCCUUUCCCUUUCUCAGUCAACGUUGUCGAAACUGUUGCCCCUCCCAAAAAUCCUUGAAAUUCUUACCUUGCUUCACAAUUUCCUCUUACUAGGACGAGGGGAGUUCGCGGUGGCUCUUGUAGCACAUGCAGAUUCCCGAAUAGAGGAAAGCCGGCGCCGAGGCCCAUCGGUGACUCGUCCAUUGGAAAAACUCGAUGUUUUUACUAUCAAAGAAGGCGAGAUCACGGCUGCUCUGGCUGAAACAUGGGCGGAGCUUUUCUCGCUACAAAAAGAGGAGGACCCAACCGACGAAGAGCUUGAACUUGCUCGAGAGCUUCUUUGCCUGUCCAUCAAUGGCCGCAAAAGUGGCCGACCAAUGACCCCUGCCCAAACCCCCGACUUGAUAUCCAGAAUCUCCAAAGUCUCAUUCGAAGACCUGCUCUUCCCCAUGCCCACAAACCUCGCCGCGCAUAUCCGAGCCCCUCUGGACCUAUUCAUCUCGGGUUCCGAUAUUGCGAUAUACUCUAAGAUCCAUUCUUAUCUCCUGGGAAUACGGCGAGCUCAAAUCCGACUUGGAGAUCUCUGGAAACGAACUCCGUUGCGGCGAAACUACCCUACACCAUGGGGACCACCCAGAAGCAGCAGUAUGUUUGGCCAAGCGAAACUGAAGGCGAGAAGAGAUAGAGACAAUACUCGUGUGCGCCAAAUGCGCCAUAUCUGGGCCACAGCCAGUGCUUGUUUGUUUAUGCUUUCCGAAAUUGGUGGCUUUUUUCAGGGCGACGUCGUCAAUGAGUCAUGGCAACACCUUCGCCAAUGGAUUGAAGGAUGCUCUUCGUCCACAGCAUCAGCCCCUGGAUCCCGACCUGGAACCGCAUCCUCGUCUAAAUCGCAUCACAGUUCUAAGACGGUGUCUCCCGACCGGGUUCCUACCCGAGACUCCUUCGAGUCUGGCCAGCAGACCAUGGGACGACACGAUCCCGAAGCUCUGACGGUUGCCCACCGUCGGCACUUGUCAUCUUUAGUGCAAUCCCUCUUUUUGACCGAAUUACCCUUCACAAACACAAUGAGAGAACUUCUCACAAAUAUCGACCGCUUCGUCGCUCUUGUGAUCCAGUUGGAAAACAUCCAACGUAACAUGGAUCUGGAAACAGAUGAAGGCGUGGAAGACGCCUUGAUAGAUUAUGCCCAUGAAGAAAGCGAGGUAUGGGAAGAGCUGCGUGCCACUCGAAACGAUGUCGAGGUGGGCAUCAAGAACCUCAUUGGGAGCUUGCGGGUCAUUGACGAUAGUCGCUCGGGAGAAGGGCUAGCAACGAAUUUCGGUCAGAUGUGGGCUGGUUCUGGCCAAGAUGAUCGCACAAGCCCCGGAUUCAGUCAUUACGUGCCCCACAAAGCAGCGGGCGUGGAUCGUCUGCUCAUGAAACUGGAUUUUGGCAGUCUUCGCAGCGGCUUCGGACCCGAGACGGGUGCGGGCUUCGGGGGUAUGCCAUAA